CAUGGAGUAGCAAACACUAGUAUAUAUUGCUGUUCUGUACCUCCCUCCCUCUCUCUCCCUUUCUCCCUUUUCCUCUAACCUUUAGCUUUCCUCCCUCUCUCCCUCCUCCCUUCUUCUCUCCUCUUCCCUUCCUCUAACAAGAACUAGUCCUAGCCAUUCAGAUCUUUGGUUGCUGAUUUUGCAGUUUAUUGUUGGAGUUAGAUUUGUUGUUGCCGAGGUGAAGCUAGUGUCAUGAGUCCACCGAGUGUGAUGGGGCAGUUUGGAGACACAACCUACACCAAGGUGUUUGUAGGGGGACUGGCAUGGGAAACCCAGAAGGAGACCAUGAGGAAGUACUUUGAGCAGUUUGGGGAGAUCCUGGAGGCCGUUGUCAUCACCGACAAGAACACAGGCAGAUCCAAGGGCUACGGAUUUGUUACCUUCCGGGACCCGGAUGCGGCGAUGAGGGCUUGCGUUGAUCCCGCGCCAGUGAUAGAUGGAAGGAGGGCUAACUGCAAUCUGGCUUCACUUGGGGUUCAAAGAUCUAGGCCUCCGACCCCCCAGCAUGGAGGAGCUAGGAGCUUUAGGGUGAUGAAGUCCUUUAGCCAGCAGACAGGGAUCCAAGGUGCACUGGGCGCAGCUUUUCCUCCUCAUGCCACCUUCCCUCAUUAUGCCACCCCACAGGGCCUCCCUUACCAUGUCUACGGGUACUCUCCCUAUACUCCAGACUACAGUUAUCCCACAAACUACUACAACAUCUAUGGAGGAGCCCAGUACCCAUUUUAUGGAGGAGCAGCAGCUGGCAUGAUGACCGGAACAAAUCCCUUCUAUCCAUAUUUCCAGUUUGGGCAGUCAGGAAACACUACAACCAACUAUACAAGUGGACAAGGCUACAACUUGCAAUACCCACACAUGCUCCACUUCUCCACUGCGGCUUCUACAGCUGCUGCUGUGACAGGUUUUGCUCAGCAGUAUGGAGGACCAUUGUCACUUGCAGCGAGCCCUCUAGCCCAAGCAGUGUGUGUCCCCAUUAAACAGGCAUGACUACGGCUCUCGCAGCUCCAACCCUGGCAACUCCAACUCAGGCUGCUCAUCCUUACCGGUUGAUUCCCUCACACUUUGAAGUGUCUGCCGCUCCAGAACAACCCUUGGCCUAACCAUGGUCUCCCUUCCCAUUGUUGAUGUCUUGUUCUUGUUUCCUACGUGUUGAGUCCAUGCAUCCAUCUCUAACAACAAAAGGCACCAUUGUUGAUCAUGUUCAUCAAUCGAAGUGCCCACCUCCAUAUCCCACAUGGUCAUGUGGCGAUUGGAAAUUAGCUUUAGCCCCAGGAUGUGCUCAAAGCUUGAUGCCCCUAGGAUGGGGUGUACUAACAGACAAGCACAAACCCCAACCAUUCUAACAAUAGUCCAAGGAAGGACUUCAUCCGGGAGAGUUAGUUUCAGCCCUAGGAAGAGAAGGCUGUAGCUAAAAGAAGCUCUAACAGUCAGGCAUGACCCAGGGAGGGUUCAUGCUGAUACUAGUCAAAUUGGACAAAAGUGGCGCUAAACAAUUGAUUGAGCUAGAACGCCACUCCCAAAUUUCAUCUGUAGAAUCCAAACUGUAUUUAGCUUAGGCCUGGUGCUUCUGGGUGAAGCAUGAACCAUUUAGCAAACUCUAAUCUUCUAGUCUUGGUGUUACCUAGAGAAACUGAAUUUGACAUGUGGCCAUCGUCUAUGAUCUCUUUCCAAUGCAUAUUCACCCCCCACCAACUUUAUGACACAUCAUGUGGUAACUUCUUAUGUAACCAACAUCUCACCUUUUCCAAGCAAAUGAUUAGAUGCACCAACUAACAUUUUAUUUUAUCUUUCAGUUGAUAGCUUGCAUCUAGGUGGUUAAGGCUCUAAGGAGAGCCUGGGCCCCUAAUCAGAGACAGGUUCAGAGGAGUGCUGAUGUUUGGUUUUUAGCACUUGGCACUACCUCCCGUCAUUCCAAACACAGUAUUGGGGACUCCAAAGAAGGCUUUGGAGUAGCCAAGCACUGUUGUGUAACUCACUAACCCAAUGGACCCAUAGAUAUAUUUUUAUUCUCUUGGGUCACCCACUCAUGUAGAUGUUCAUUACAUCCCCGGUGUCACUACCAUGGUUAGGUCCAGGUCCCGCCCCAUCCUCCUCCAGCCCACUCUGCGCAGAGAGCCCUUAAUGUUUAUUAAUCUACUAUUACCAGACAUGGUGGUUGUAAUAAUAAAGUAGUACUAUGCUACUCGUAGGACCAGCAGAACUAUUUGCUAUUCUACCCUGCAGAUGUUGUUAAUGUUCUGUCCAUUUCAAUUCAGUAGUUAGUACCUUAUUUUCCAACAUUGUAGUGCAUCAUAUAAUGUUGUGUAAAAUAUGCCCCCUGUCUUUUGCAUUUCUUAUUCAUCAGCCUUUCAAUA